AUGUAUUCCAGAGAAUAUAAACCCCGCAAGUCCGUCAUCAGAAUGGACCCGAACUGUGCCAUCUGCCAUGCCCCUGCCAAUCUCGCCUGCGAUUGCGAGGCUAAGGGGCUCGAGAUCGCCGUCGAGCAAGCGGAGAACCGCAUGAUGGCCGCGGUAUACAGCGACAUCCGCUCGUGGGUCCGGGCACACGCCCAAGACUACAUCCUUGAGUAUUUCCGUCUACUCAGCGAACGACGCAAAGCCGCACAUCAGGCUCAUAUGGAACGGCUAACGGCCCAUGCCUUCCACUACUACUCCGCCCCUCCGAACCCAAACGAUAUCGCAGCGGCCCAAUCAACGCUGAAGCGAGGAAUCGACGAGGAUUGGCAGUCGAGCGUGCAGCGAUACCCCGAGGUGCUGGAGUAUUUCUACAGCCUAGUCGAGCUGACGCUGCCGCGCGACGACGAUUCCGCGGUUAAGGAUCCUCCUCUGAGUGCCCUGAGCGGGUCACGAAAGAUCAACAGGCGAGGCACGUCGACGGCGACGCUAGCAAACGAGAGCUUCCAAGAGAGGGAAAGGAACCCCCUAGCCCGGAGAACGCCUCCGCCGCCGAUCAUGGACCGGAGGACCCCGGGACCGGGACCGGUCGCGAACCCGCUCGCACCCCCGGCUAAUAGCCGAAGGCACUCUUCUUACCGACCUCCGACGGCGCCGCCACCGGGCACUGCCUACUUCAGCUACUGA